UCGAAAGCAAACUACAUUGUUCAGAUUCACUCUCGCAUUCACUCUCUCUUCGUUUUUUCGACGAUUCCAAAUUCGUCGCCGAAAAACAAAUAUGGCGGACACUCUCGCCGCUCUGAGGUCUCUAAUGGCGUGCCACUCUCCGCCUCUCGACGCCUUGGUCGUCCCUUCUGAAGAUUAUCACCAGAGUGAGUAUGUUUCGGCACGAGACAAACGGCGUGAGUUCGUUUCCGGCUUCACCGGGAGUGCUGGUUUGGCACUUAUAACGAAGAAUGAAGCGCGGCUAUGGACCGAUGGUCGGUACUUUUUGCAGGCAACGCAGGAACUCAGUGACCAGUGGCAGCUUAUGCGAAUGGGAGAAGACCCGACUGUCGAUGUCUGGAUGGCAAAUAAUCUUCCUGAAGGUUCAGCCAUUGGUAUUGAUCCUUGGUGCACGUCAAUAAACACCGUGCAACUAUGGGAGCGUGCCUUUGCCAAGAAACGACAGAAGUUGGUUCAGACUUCCACAAAUUUGGUGGACGAAGUUUGGAAAAAUCGGCCCCCUGUGGAAAUUAAUCCCGUCAUUGUACAUCCUUUGGAAUAUGCUGGUCGUUCUGUUGUGGAUAAGUUGAAGGAUUUAAGACAAAAAAUCGUACAAGGGAACACUCGUGGUAUAAUUAUCUCAGCGCUUGAUGAGGUUGCUUGGUUGUAUAAUAUUCGUGGCACUGAUGUUGCCUACAGUCCAGUUGUUCAUGCAUUUGCUAUCGUGACAUCCAACUCGGCUUUCUUUUAUGUUGACAAAAUGAAGGUUUCCGCUGAGGUAAACUCUUAUUUGGAAGAAAAUGGGAUUGAUGUCCGGGACUAUAAAGCAGUGAGCUCGGAUGUUGCCUUGCUUGCGUCUAAUCAGCUCAAACCUUCAUCUACAGUUAAAGGAACUGAAGCUGAAAAGGCUAAUGGUGGAAACAAAGCAGAAGAAACAGAUAAUGACCUCAUAUGGGCUGACCCUGGUUCAUGCUGUUAUGCUUUGUAUUCAAGACUGAACCCUGAAAAAGUUAUUUUACAGCAGUCGCCUUUGGCCCUAGCAAAAGCUCUAAAGAACCCGGUCGAAUUGGAAGGGUUAAAGAAAGCUCAUAUCCGGGAUGGUGCAGCUGUUGUGCAAUAUCUUGUGUGGUUUGAUAAGCAGGCGCAGGAGAUAUAUGGGGCUUCUGGUUUCUUUUUGGAGGGGGAGGCAACAGAUAAGAAAAACCACUUGAAAACUACAAAGCUAACCGAGGUGACUGUAAGUGAUAAGCUGGAGGGCUUUCGAGCAUCAAAAGAGAACUUUAGAGGUUUAAGUUUCCCUACUAUUUCGUCUGUUGGCCCAAAUGCGGCAAUCAUGCAUUAUUCACCGGAAGCAGAAACUUGUGCUGAGUUUGAUCCAGACAGCAUAUAUCUUUUUGACUCUGGGGCACAGUAUCUUGAUGGAACAACUGAUAUAACACGGACGGUUCAUUUUGGUAAACCUUCAGCGCAUGAGAAAGCAUGCUAUACGGCAGUCCUCAAAGGUCAUAUAGGUCUCGGGAAUGCUCGAUUUCCUAAUGGAACCAAUGGUCAUGCCCUUGACAUUCUUGCUCGAGUUCCUUUGUGGAAGAGUGGUCUAGAUUAUCGACAUGGUACUGGUCAUGGGAUUGGGUCUUAUCUAAAUGUUCAUGAAGGUCCACAUUCGAUUAGUUUCAGACCACAUGCUCGAAAUGUCCCGCUGCAAGCUUCCAUGACUGUAACAGAUGAACCUGGAUACUACGAGGACGGCAAUUUCGGUAUAAGAUUGGAGAACGUGCUUAUAGUCAACGAAGCUGAUACAAAAUUCAACUUCGGUGACAAGGGUUACUUACAAUUUGAGCAUAUAACUUGGGCACCAUACCAGAGAAAGUUGAUCGACUUGAGUCUUUUAGUACCUGAAGAAUUGGAAUGGCUCAACACCUACCAUGCCAAAUGCAAGGAUAUUCUGGCUCCAUACUUGGAUGAAUCUGAGAAGGCGUGGCUGAAAAGAGCCACUGAACCCAUAAGCGUGUGAGCCGCAUCCCUCCCUCGUCUCUCCAAGAGAAUCAGAAACGUGAGCUUUCUGAACGUGCAUAUUGACUCAAUAAUCAAGAUGAGUAGCAUCUCUUGUGCCAUGCGUUUUUAUGAUUAUUUAUUUGGAAACUUUGCUUCCUUCUUUUACAAGUCUUCGUUGUUUAGACAUCGAUGAUGCAUUCCUACUUUCCAAUGUUACCGAGAAAUCGGACCUAUGACACCGAUGAUUGGAUUCUGUGGACUGUUAGCCUUGACGAUUGGUUA